GUUGGUGAGGUUGUUUCUUGGCUGAAUUGUCAGAAGCGGCUCGACCCUCAGAGGCUUCUUCUUGCCGAUGACUUGAAACUGUGAGCUGGGCUGCAGGACGCAGACGUCCUUGCCGUCUUUCAGGCAGGAGACCAGCACACACUGCGGGCUGCCGUCCAUCGGGAAGCCGAGCAGGGCCAGCUGGCACUGGGGCUCCGAGCAGCACUCCGCCCGGCACAGCUCCGGCUCGGAGAUGUCGAACCUCCACGCCAGGUGAUGAGCUCCGGCCUCGAUGGAGGACGAGUUCAGUUCCAGGUUCGUAUCGUCGACCUGCUCCCACUCACAGGCCCCGACCAGGCCGAAGAAAAGUACUAAACACUUAAGAACUUCCUUCAUCUUCUUCCUGGAUCCCGAAUGGCAAAAAUGGUUAAACCAAAAAUCCCCAAAUAAAAGCUUGACGGUAAAACUUCUUGACAACAAAAUGGACAAUGCGUUCACCACUUCCUACUUUUAAUGACGCAGUGAAGACACCUGCUCGACAGCUGGAAUUUUGGGAGAAAGAAGACAUUUUAAAGAGAAUACUUUGUCCCGCACCAUCCUGAUGGCAGCCAACCGGGUGGGGCGGCGGGUCAACAAGGUGUGCCACCCCUCACCAAACCGGGCGGGUGGCGGGAGCAGCGUGGGACGUGAGCCGGGUCACGGCCUGCAGAGACGGCAGGCCAGAGUCACGGUCAAGUACAACCGCAAGGAGCUGCAGAGGAGGCUGGACGUGGAGAAGUGGAUCGACUGCGGCCUGGACGAGCUCUACAGGGGCCGGGAGGAGGACAUGCCCGAGGAGGUGAACAUCGAUCACCUUCUGGACCUGAAGACGGACGGCGAGAGGAUGCAAAGACUGCAGGAGAUCCUUCAGUUGUGUAACAACAACACGGAGGUGUUUAUCAGCGAGCUGUUGGUGAAACUUCACGGCUUACAGAAGCAAGAGGAGCUCCACAACGACGGCAUCGACCUUCCGCAGCUACACAUCUACCCCGCCCGCGCCGGAUCAUCCGACAGGGAGGUGCUGCACUGACAAAGCAAGCGUACCCGCUGCCUUUAAAUGCCCCUUCCUUCCCCCACUACCCUUGCAGCAUAUCUAAGGAGAGAAAUGUGUGUCUUUUUAUGCUACCAAACAAAACAUUUUUAAACUUAAAAAUACAUUUGAAAAAUAACAAUUCAAAGAAAAUAUACUUUUUUUUAAGCUAAUAUUGUAGCCAUACACUUUGUUAUUUAACUAUUAGCAUGGUUACAUUAAUGUGCUGAGUUUUUUACUGAGUCAUAUAACUUGGUACUUUAAAUAUACUGUUAGCAUGCUAACUUUUUUUUAGCUUAUUUCUCAGGCAUAUACACCUUAGUCAUUAAACUUGGACUGUGGCACAUGCUAACUGUUAGCAUGCUCACUUUUUUUUUUUUUUUUUUAGCCUAUUUUGCAGUCGCCCCCCUCAAAGUUAUAACUUGGUACUUGACACACGCUAAGGUUAACAUGCUUACCUUUUUAGCCUAUUUUGCCAGCGUACACCUCAGUCGUAUAACUUGGCAUGUGACACAUGCAAAUUGUUUGCGCGCUAACGUUAGCACGUUCGCUUUUUUAAGCUAAAUUUGCGUCCUUAUGCCUCAGUUAUGUUAGAAGCCUUUUUUGGGGACAGUAACCACCAGCCCUAGUAUUUGCUUAUUUCCCUCCAAACAUGUUUAGGGCAAGACCAAUAAAAAGUCUGUGUACAUAUUGUUCAGAGAAGGCUCCGCCCACAAAAUUGAAGAGGAGUUGAAAGCAAAAUAUUUUUUGUGACAAAAAAAAUUUUUUCAUUGAUUUAUUUUUUGUCAAAUCUUGUUUUGUUUGGUUGCAUAACGAGGCAGUAAUUUCUCUCCAUACACCCUCCAGUCAGGGAGGGAACAGACUGGAAAGCAAACAUGCCGAAAAGAAGUGUGACGGUCUUUUUCCAAAGGUGCUGAAUGUCCACCUCAGCAAUAACGGGAAACAAACACACCUGAAACGACCCUAUCACAAGCACCAUCACACACACACACAUUCUUGUAUUUCUUACCUUUUUGAGACAUGCGAAAAACACCUACCUCUUUAGGACCAACCUUUCUAGAUGUAUAAAGAUGUGUAUUUACAACAUCAAUCAAUACAUAGAAACUAUGAAAAUAUUAAAAAGGUAAGCGUUUAGCUUUUUUGAUUGUAAUCAUUCUUUACUUUGUUAUUACAGCAUGUCUCCAUAUACACAUUUUUUUUAUUUUUGUAUUCAUUUUGGCCAAAGGGGGCGCAUUUCAAUUUCUUAUACACACUUGUUAUUUCAUACGUUGACCAGAGGGGUAACUAUUUUAAAAGCGACACACAGUCAAGUUGAAAAAUCUCUCCUUUUUUGGAACCACCCGGCUUUUGAAUGAUUUCACCAUCAGGGGUGCAAAUGAGACAUUCUCUAUUACAGUGGUUCUCAAAUGGGGGUACGCGUACCCCUGGGGGUACUUGAAGGUAUGCCAAGGGGUACGUGAGAUUUUUUUUUAAAUAUUCUAAAAAUAACAACAAUUCAAAAAUCCUUUAUAAAUAUAUUUAUUGAAUAAUACUUCAACAAAAUAUGAAUGUAAGUUCAUAAACUGUGAAAAGAAAUGCAACAAUGCAAUAUUCAGUGUUGACAGCUAGAUUUUUGUGGACAUGUUCCAUAAAUAUUGAUGUUAAAGAUAUGUUUACAAAUAAGUUCAUGAAUCCAGAUGGAUCUCUUUUACAAUCCCCAGAGAGGGCACUUUAAGUUGAUGAUUACUUCUAUGUGUAGAAAUCUUUAUUUAUAAUUGAAUCACUUUUUUAUUUUUCAACAAGAUUUUAGUUAUUUUUAUAAAUAUUUUUUCCUAAUAGUUCAAGAAAGACCACUACAAAUGAGCAAUAUUUUGCACUGGUUAUACAAUUUAAUAAAUCAUAAACUGAUGACAUAGUGCUGUAUUUUACUUCUUUAUCUCUUUUUUUCAACCAAAAAUGCUUCGCUCUGAUUAGGGGGUACUUGAAUUAAAAAAAUGUUCACAGGAGGUACAUCACUGAAAAAAGGUUGAGAACCACUGCUUUAUUAGAUGCAAUGUUAUUAGGAUUAUGAUUUAUGUCAUAACUUGUUCAUCGGUCCUCAUGUGGAAGGAGCUUUUCCUUGUUGAUGUCUCAAGAAGGGUAGAAAUACAAGAAGACACACGCACACACGGAUGUGUGACAGAUCAAAUGUGUGAUUCUAGUCAGUGGAAGUGGUAACAUCUGUGCUUUUUCCAUUCCUGCUGGUUUCACUCACAUGUUGCUAGUGCAAACACACAGGUCACCACACUGACCUUCACAACAGCGCCACAGUGUGUGUUCGUGAAGAAACAAGCACUUCCUGGAUGACACAUUCCAUCCUCAAGCCUUGUUUACAGUACCAUGAUGCACCUGUUUUAAUCUCUUUUGGCCUUUACUUUUGUUCUCAUCUUCUUUCUUAAAAUGUUUGUACAUGGUUUUAAAUUAAACACAAAUGUCCAAAA